AUGCUGGACAUGGGAGAUAGGAAAGAGGUGAAAAUGAUCCCCAAGUCCUCGUUCAGCAUCAACAGCCUGGUGCCGGAGGCGGUCCAGAACGACAACCACCACGCGAGCCACGGCCACCACAACAGCCACCACCCCCAGCAUCACCAUCACCACCACCACCAUCAUCACCACCCGCCGCCGCCCGCCCCGCAACCGCCACCGCAGCAGCAGCCGCCGCCGCCGCCGCCGCCGCCGCCCCAGGCCCCGCAGCCGCCCCAGGCGCGGGGCGCCCCGGCCGCCGACGACGACAAGGGCCCGCAGCAGCUGCUGCUCCCGCCGCCGCCGCCGCCGCCGCCGCCGCCGCCCCCGGCCGCCGCCCUGGACGGGGCCAAAGCGGACGGUCUGGGCGGCAAGGGCGAGCCGGGCGGCGGCCCUGGGGAGCUGGCGCCCGUCGGGCCGGACGAGAAGGAGAAGGGCGCCGGCGCCGGGGGGGAGGAGAAGAAGGGGGCGGGCGAGGGCGGCAAGGACGGGGAGGGGGGCAAGGAGGGCGAGAAGAAGAACGGCAAGUAUGAGAAGCCGCCGUUCAGCUACAACGCGCUCAUCAUGAUGGCCAUCCGGCAGAGCCCGGAGAAGCGGCUGACGCUCAACGGCAUCUACGAGUUCAUCAUGAAGAACUUCCCCUACUACCGCGAGAACAAGCAGGGCUGGCAGAACUCCAUCCGCCACAACCUGUCUCUCAACAAGUGCUUCGUGAAGGUGCCGCGUCACUACGACGACCCGGGCAAGGGCAACUACUGGAUGCUGGACCCGUCGAGCGACGACGUGUUCAUCGGCGGCACCACGGGCAAGCUGCGGCGCCGCUCCACCACGUCGCGGGCCAAGCUGGCCUUCAAGCGCGGGGCGCGCCUCACCUCCACCGGCCUCACCUUCAUGGACCGCGCCGGCUCCCUCUACUGGCCCAUGUCUCCCUUCCUGUCCCUGCACCACCCCCGCGCCAGCAGCACUUUGAGUUACAACGGCACCACGUCGGCCUACCCCAGCCACCCCAUGCCCUACAGCUCCGUGUUGACUCAGAACUCGCUGGGCAACAACCACUCCUUCUCCACGGCCAACGGGCUGAGCGUGGACCGGCUGGUCAACGGGGAGAUCCCCUACGCCACGCACCACCUCACGGCCGCCGCACUCGCCGCCUCGGUGCCCUGCGGCCUCUCGGUGCCCUGCUCCGGGACCUACUCCCUCAACCCCUGUUCGGUCAACCUGCUCGCGGGCCAGACCAGUUACUUUUUCCCCCACGUCCCGCACCCGUCAAUGACUUCGCAGAGCAGCACGUCCAUGAGCGCCCGGGCCGCGUCUUCGUCCACGUCUCCGCAGGCCCCCUCGACCCUGCCCUGUGAGUCUUUAAGACCCUCUUUGCCAAGUUUCACCACGGGACUGUCCGGGGGACUGUCUGAUUAUUUCACACAUCAAAAUCAGGGGUCUUCUUCCAACCCUUUAAUACAUUAA